AUGGGCUUCAAGCCCUUGCCGACCCGAAAGACGCAUGUGCAGAGUAUGAGACCUACUUACCUGACCCAGCCCCAAGCUAAUCAAAACAAAUCUAUCAGUGUUAUCUUUGUUCAUGGCCUUACGGGCAACCGGGAAACAACAUGGACUCAUAAAACCACCGGAAAAUUCUGGCCACAAGACUUUUUGCCUCAUGAUCUCCCGGAUGUACGAAUCCUCACAUUCGGGUACGAUGCAGACAUCAUCGGCACAUCCCAUACUGCAAGCUCCAAUACACUAAGAGAUCAUGGUAAAUCACUUGCUGAGAAACUAGCAAUGUGGCGAAGAAAGUCAAGAACUAACCUUUGGCCUUUAAUAUUCGUUGCUCAUGGCUUAGGAGGUCUUGUAGUAGAGCAAGCCCUCCUCAUCUCCCGCGGUUCAUCAGAGCUACAUGUGAAAGACCUCUUAGAAUCCACAACCGCAAUGGCAUUCAUGGGUACACCACAUGCUGGAUCGGACAAGGCUAGUCUGGUAGUACCGCUGACCCAUUUGUCCAAGAUCAUUCUUGGAGCAUCAAACACCGAGAUUUUGCAACUACUCAGACCAGGUUCGGAGAUGCUAGCGAAUCUCCAGCAAGAAUUCCAUACCAUGCUCAAAGAUCGCAGCCAAAACCAGAAGAAGUCAAUCGAAAUAUGUUGUUUCUAUGAGGAGCUACCUGUUAGGAGGAUUCGUGACAAGGUCGUACCCAGUCAUUCUGCGAUUCUCAACCCCUACCCCAGUCUUCCUAUUCAUGGAAACCAGAUGCAGAUGAAGAAAUUCGGUAAUAAUAGGGAUCCAGGAUAUACGGAUGUCAGGGGCCGGUUGUGGCUGUGGAUAGAUAACCUCAAACUUGAAGCUCAACCUGCGGCUGGACCAGAGGCCAUACAGGCCCGGGAUAGCAAACCGGAAAGAUAUCUUAUGUUUUCAGGUGGUGGACCUGUCUUUCAAGGUGACCAAAUUGCUGGAAGGGAUAUUAAUGUCAACACUUGGCGGUCCGCACCAUGA